CCUUCCCGCCUUCCCCCCUGUUCAUUCGGGCACGCGCCCGCGCGAGAUGGACGUCAUCACUCUUUAGAUGGAGCUGUCAGUGGUGCUGAAUUUCUGGCCAGCGGUCUGAAGGGAGCGGAGACGUGUGGGGGCUGGCUGGCUGCGCGCGAUCAACAGAUGGGCUUGCCAGAGUCCUCGAGGACCGUUAACUCAUUUAUUAAAACACACAGAAGAGCCUUCCUGUCGUUUAAUCCACAUCAAGAAAACAGAAAUGUCAGUUAUUUCUGAGGAAACUCUGACAACAGGUCACACCGUGCAAUUAUAGGACAGCAGGGAAAAAAGUGAAUGGGAGCUUCGAUUUUAUGGAGCAGUGGCAAAAAACGAUCGAAACAAGUAAAAGAAAGCGCGGCGCAGAUUUCUUUUUUUUUUUGCUCGGGUGAAAUAUUGCUUAACCUGAGAACCUGAAUCUGACGACACUUUCUACGCGUGGAGUUCGUGUGUUGCUGGCGUCUUGACGCUCUCCGUGUGCGUCUGUUUCCUCGUGUUUCUGGAUUCUCGUGCAUACUAUGGAAAAAAUGCUACCUGCUCAGGAAGCGGCCAAAAUCUACCACACCAACUACGUGAGGAACGCCCGGGCGAUCGGCGUGCUCUGGGCGAUAUUCACGAUCUGCUUUGCCAUCAUCACCGUGGUGGUGUUCAUCCAGCCGUACUGGAUCGGGGACAGCGUCAAUACCCCCCAGGCCGGCUACUUCGGACUCUUCCACUACUGCAUCGGCAACGCGCUGACCUCCGAGCUGACGUGCAAGGGCAGCGCACUGGACUUCGGCUCCAUCCCGUCUGGAGCCUUCAAAACUGCCAUGUUCUUCGUGGGCAUCUCCAUGCUGCUGGUCGUGGGCAGCAUCGUCUGCUUCAGCCUCUUCUUCUUCUGCAACGCGGGAAGCGUCUACAAGAUUUGCGCCUGGAUGCAGCUCGCGUCGUCCGUGUGCAUGGUGAUGGGCUGCAUGAUCUACCCGGACGGCUGGGACUCUGCGGAGGUGAAGCGGAUGUGCGGGCAGCGCACGGACAAGUACACGCUGGGGAACUGCACAGUGCGCUGGGCCUACAUCCUGGCCAUCAUCAGCAUCCUGGACGCCCUGGUGCUGUCCUUCCUGGCCUUCGUGCUGGGGAACCGCCAGGACAAGCUCCUGCCCGAGGACUUCCAGGUGGAGGCGAAAGACCACGCCUGAGGGGCCCGGACUUUAGGACCAGCCUCCAGAGACCACCCGUGAGCCCGGCGUCCAGCGAGCGAUGCGCUGGUCCCGCACCGAAACUGGACCGUACCAACCCCCUCCUGGCCUGGGGGGGGCGGGGUGGGACAUAGGCUGGGAGUGGUAUGAACUGGCCUCUCUCCACAGUUCUGUCAGUAAGGUACCUGUGAUUAUUACAUGCUGAGCAGAAGGGCAGAGGUUCUGUCGGGUUCAGCUGCGUACCCUGGGGGUACCCCAUUAUCCCUGGUACCCCACAGAUCUGUGGAGAGGGGACAUCACUGGCCCUGGACAAUGGAAACCAGCAAAGAGACAGCUUUACACUGAAAGUAAACAUGUCAGAACCAAGUUAAUCUGUGUGUGAUGAGUGAAAUACAAUAUAUUAUCUACAUAGAAAUAUACCUGUAUAAUCAUUGUUUUAUGUGAAGGAGACUUCAUGUUGUCAGAAAUAUAUUAACUGCUUAUUUGAAAAAAAUAUGGUUUAAACAGUUAAAUAUGUCCUGCAGUAUUGUGUCAGCUAUAUCUGAGGGGAAAAAAUGUGGGUCCAGACAUUGAAUGUCUGUAUGUACAGAAAACACGUUGAGAACUCACACCUUGGAGAGCGUUCACAGAUGUACAGGAAAUGUGUAAACAGCGCCCCCUUGUGCCUGACUGCCGUUAAUCCAAAAUUGCAGGUGCUCCCGACCUUACCCCAUCUCAGCAUCACCUCACCAUAGCGAACUGGCGUGCCAUCUCAUAAGAGUUUCAGAGUCAGUGAAGAUUAAUUUGGACCCUAAUAAUCAAACUAACACUGUGGUGCUUAUCUAACAAAGAUACCAUAAUUGCAUCAUCAGACAAAAUUUCCAAUCACCACCAAGAUGUGUAUAAAAUAGCGACUGGGAAAGCAGAAUUCAGAACUGAAUGCAUUUUGUUUUCAGAGAGGCAUUCAAAGGCACACUAUAAAGUGAGGCGGUAGGGCGUGUCAAAGGGUGUGUACACACAUGCACAAGGGGGAAGUGACACACUGUCAAUCAAAUCACACUUCAAAGGGAGGAGGCGGUACAUUGCACUGAAAAUUCUACAACUAAAUGCAGCACUUUGAGUUCAGACUCAUCCACAGAACCUCAGCAUCAGGCAUACUUCACCUUAGCCCUGGUUUUUUUGGGAGCUGUCCACCACACAGCAGGCCAGUCAGUGUAACUGCAGAGGUCCUUACCUUUACAAUGCUGGCUACCAGGUGACCCUAAUGACAGGCGAAACACGCGUGGACAGGUAGUUCCGUGACGAGACUCUCCGGUCAGUGUACAACUGGCCCAGAAAGGACACGCCCCUCACUGGCCAUUUCCUCACCACAAGUCGAGAACUACAACAGUGUGUGAGUGUGUGUGUGUGUGUGUGUGUCUGUCUGUCCGUCUCGCUGGGGUCACGUCACACAAGUGUGUGUAUUUAUGUGGGUGCAGUACCAGUGUAAAUACCAGCUGCAUGCUUGUUCAGUGCGACUCCAUGCUGUGGAAGGGUUUCCUGUGUAAACGCCCUGUGUGAUGUUGUUGAAUAAACUGUCCCGUGUGG